GGACGCAGCAGAAGUUGAGUUUCUCGCCGAGAAGGAGCUGGUGAAAAUUAUUCCCAACUUUAGUCUCGACAAAAUCUAUUUAAUCGGGGUACGCAAGCUACUGUAAUGUUGUGAUAUAUAUUAUUUCUGUAUCGAUAGUUUUUUUUCAUCCGCUGACUAUUUUUAGGUUUAUGAUAUGUUACCAAACACAUUAAAACCCGUCUUUAUCGUUGUCUAAUCAUGGUAUUAAGGUGUUUUGUACACAUUUAUCAGGGGGAUCUGGGCCCGUUUAACCCGGGUUUGCCAGUGGAGGUCCCUGUGUGGCUGGCCCUUAAUCUUAAACAGAGACACAAAUGCAGGAUCGUACCUCCAGAAUGGAUGGAAACCAACAAACUGGAGGAGAUCCGUGAACAGGAGCGUAAACUGGACACUUUCACUCCCAUACCGAGUCCAUAUUACAUGGAGCUUACCAAACUAUUACUCAACCAUGCUGCAGAUAACAUCCCCAAAGCUGAUGAGAUUCGCACACUGGUGAAAGACAUCUGGGACACGCGCGUGGCCAAACUAAGACUCUCUGCUGACAGUUUUAUCAGCCAGCAGGAGGCUCAUGCGCAGCUGGAUAAUCUCACGCUGAUGGAGAUCAAUACCACACGCUCUUUUCUGCUGGACUCUCUGAACUACAUGUAUAAACUGCGUUCAAACAUGCAGCCGAGCAGAACUAAAGACUAUUAAUGUGAUCUCAUGCACUGGACUGACCUGUCAGCUUUAGCUUCAUGUGAUCAUGUUCUGAAGCUGAUGUAUGAACUUUUUUUUUUGCUUUGCAAGAUUAAAGUGGUUUGUUGAUUGUUUGUAGUUUUUUUUUUUUUUUAAGAAGUAACUACUAUUUGACUGGAUCAUUGUGUGGAUAGUUACUGAUGCUGUUGAGCUGGUGUGUUUUGUAAAAGCCCUUAGACUUGGAACAGUCGUGGGAAUUGAGUCGUAAAAGUUUCAGAAGUUAAUAAAAAGUCACAGGAAGGCCAACAUUUAAAAUAAAGUUCAUUCUGUAUUUUAUGAAUGGCAACAGUAUUUACCAGACCAUAGAUUCUAAUAAUGAACUGUCACUUGCUUGUAGUUUGUAAUUUGACAAAAAGCUCACCAAUAAAUUGAAUGGUGCUUCUGCCUAAAGUUUGAUCUGC